UUGCUAGGUAUAUAGUAGGUUGGUGCUUGCUAGUUAUAUUUACAGUUUACACGUAUUCAAUUCAGUAUUUAUAUAUUCAAUUAAAUGCAUUCAUCAGUUCAUUCGAAUCACUAUAAUUUAAAAUAAAAAUAGCAUUAAAGUAAAGGACGCAUAAGAAAUAAUUGUGAAUUAAAUAAAUCAUCAUGUCCUUCACUGGAUUCAGCGAAGAAGACCUAAAGCGAAUGAAGACGACGGAAUCUAGUCCAAACAGCGGUUCACAAGCAAAUUCAUUAUAUAUUAAGAAGAUUGAUAAAAUUGGUUCCAAGUUGAAAAGACCAAUACCACAAUAUAAAUUGCCUAUAGAAAAGCUAAGCUCAGAUGACGCUAUGGACACUGCAUUUGACAAAUGUAAACUCAGCCUAAAAACACCAACCUCUACCAUUGAUAUAGUUAAUAAUAAUGAAGUUGAAAAUAUCACCAUCAGCAAAGAUAUCGAAGAAAAUAUCAUAGAAGACAAUAAAGAUGAUGAAUCAAAUGUGUCUAGUAGAAAAAGUAGCUCCAAUGUUGCCCCUGAUGUGGUAAGAUGUGUUGAUAAUUAUACAGAGGAUGACCUCGCUACUCAUAAGAUUAAGUUAGAAGAAUUACAGCUGAAACAGAAGUUGAUGGAAGAACAGAAUAAGAAGAGGAAGGAGAUGCUCGCUAAAGCUUUAGCUGAUAGGACGAAACAAACAGAGGAGGAGGUUGUGAAGCUGGAAAAAAUAAAAAAAGAAUUGCAGAUUUUGGAUGGACAGUUCUCACAAGAUGUUGCUGUUUUGAGAAAGAAGAUAGACCAGGCAUGCAUCAGUUACUCGGAUGCUGAGAAACAUUAUUUAAGAGUUGAAAAAGAAUUCCUCCAAGCUAAAAUUAAUUUACAAAAAGAAAAAGAGAAAAAGGAACUGCUUACUGAACAUCUCUGUGCACUAAUCACUCACAAUGAAACGAGAAAGGCUCAGAAGUUGGAAACAUUGAUGCUUGAACUAGCCAGCGAUAGAAAUAGUGCCAUAAAUAAAGUGGCAACACCGGUCGAUGAAACACCAGUUAUAAUAGAUGGUGUGGAUGAGAGAUCAGGUAAAAUAGUGGAAAUUAUACCCAAAAGUUGAUUUUAAGAUUUUAGAUUGUUAAUAAAUAGGCUUAACAACGAAUAAACUAAUUCCAAAAAUGUAAUGGUGCAAUUAUCAAAUAUGUGCCUUAUUGUAAGUACCUUAAAUCUAUUAUUAUAUAAUAAUACUUAAUUUUUGUAUAGUCAUGUUGAACAUGACAUGUUAGAAGACUAAUUAUUUUAUUAAAACUAGAUUAAGUAAAUUUAUUAAAUUAUUUACAAGUAUAAUUCGUGGAAACAUAAGCUAUGAUUGUAUAAAUGUAAUAUUAAUAUCUUGUACUACUUUUUUAAAUAUAUUACAAUGUGUAAUAUAUUUUCAUUACCAAUUGCUCAAAAGAUAAACAACAUCCAAAAUAAAGCUAGAAGGAGACAUAAAUAUUUUUACAAAUAUUACUAUUUAAGUUAUUGUACUUUAAGUAAAUUAUCUUUGAUUCCAAUAAUUUUAAUGCAAUGUUUCUGGGUAAUUUUUCAAAAUGAAGCAGUUCUAAAAGUUUCCUAAAUUAUAGCUGUUAUUUUUUCGAAUGUAUUGAAAGUUAAAAUUAUUUUUAUACUUAAGACAUUAUUAUAAAAUGAUGUUGUUUAUUGAUGUGCAAUUUUUAAUGAAAUUAAACUUUUUAUAUUGAAAUUAUACCUGAGAAUAUAUCUUUGUUAUGACAAUUUUUGUAGGUGCUUUUAAUUAAUAUAUUACAUAAGUAUGAUUCACGAAUUGUAAUUGUUUAUCCUAUUUGAUGUCCUACCUUAAUUUAAAACGACAUAUAUUACAUAAUUUAUUUUUGUAAUCUUGUCCUAAAUAUUUUAACUUUAAGUUAC